CUGGAUGAUUUACUUGCCAAACGAAAAACUAAUAUUGAUGCUGUUAUUGAAUUUGCUAUAGAUGACAGCUUACUUGUCCGUAGAAUAACGGGCCGCUUAAUUCACCCCGCAAGUGGCCGCUCUUAUCAUGAAGAAUUUGCUCCACCGAAAAAUCGAAUGCGCGAUGACGAAACUGGUGAACCUCUUGUUCGUCGGAGUGAUGAUAACGCAGCAGCUUUAAACAAACGACUAGAAGCGUACCACAAACAAACCAAACCUUUGGUUGACUACUAUGCUGUAAGAGGGCUGCAUUUUAAAAUUGAUGCAGCACAAACGGCGCACAAUGUAUUUUCACAUAUUGAUAACAUUUUCCUUAAACAACGUAAAUCUCGAGACAUAUUAUGAAACCGAAAAAAUCACUUUGCAAAACUCUCGGAAUUAAAAUAACCGUUUUUAUGACACAUUUUA